AGGGCCGGGAGGGGCCGUGAGGAGCGGGGGGGCUGUCAGAGGCCGAGAGGGGCCGUGAGUGCUGUGAGGGACCCGCCGUGAGGGAGCCGGGACGCGGCCGCCGCCGCCGCCAUGCACGUCGUGAAGCGGGAUGGGCGCCAGGAGCGGGUCAUGUUUGACAAGAUCACGUCGCGCAUCCAGAAGCUCUGCUACGGCCUCAACGCCGACUUCGUGGACCCUGCUCAGAUCACCAUGAAGGUGAUCCAGGGGCUGUACAGCGGUGUCACCACGGUGGAGCUGGACACGCUGGCGGCCGAGACGGCGGCCACGCUGACCACCAAGCACCCCGACUACGCCAUCCUGGCCGCCCGCAUCGCCGUGUCCAACCUGCACAAGGAGACCAAGAAGGUCUUCAGCGAUGUGAUGGAGGAUCUCUACAACUACAUCAACCCUCACAAUGGGAAGCACUCCCCAAUGAUCUCCAAAGAAACUCUGGACAUAGUUCUGGCCAACAAAGAUCGCCUCAACUCCGCCAUCAUCUAUGACAGAGACUUCUACAACUACUUUGGCUUUAAGACUCUCGAACGCUCCUACUUGCUGAAAAUCAACUCCAAAGUCGCCGAGCGCCCUCAGCACAUGCUGAUGAGGGUGUCCGUGGGCAUCCACAAGGACGACAUCGACGCUGCCAUCGAGACCUACAACCUGCUGUCGGAGCGCUGGUUCACACACGCCUCCCCCACGCUCUUCAACGCGGGCACCAACCGCCCCCAGCUCUCCAGCUGCUUCCUGCUGUGCAUGAAGGACGACAGCAUCGAGGGCAUCUACGACACCCUGAAGCAGUGUGCCCUCAUCUCCCAAGUCUGCCGGGGCAUCGGCCUGGCCGUCAGCUGCAUCCGAGCCACGGGCAGCUACAUAGCUGGGACAAAUGGAAACUCCAACGGGCUCGUUCCGAUGCUGAGGGUCUACAACAACACCGCCCGUUACGUGGAUCAGGGGGGAAACAAGAGACCUGGGGCUUUUGCCAUCUACCUGGAGCCGUGGCACCUGGACAUCUUUGAGUUUCUGGACCUGAAGAAGAACACUGGAGAAGAGCAGAGAGCCAGAGAUCUUUUCUUUGCCCUCUGGAUCCCUGAUCUCUUCAUGAAACGGGUGGAAACCAACCAGGACUGGUCCUUGAUGUGCCCAAAUGAGUGUCCUGGCCUGGAUGACGUCUGGGGAGAGGAAUUUGAGAAACUAUAUGAGAGCUACGAGCGGCAGGGCCGCGUGCGCAGGGUGGUGAAGGCCCAGCAGCUCUGGUACGCCAUCAUCGAGUCCCAGACAGAGACUGGCACACCCUACAUGCUCUACAAGGACUCCUGCAACAGGAAGAGCAACCAGCAGAACCUGGGCACCAUCAAGUGCAGCAACCUGUGCACCGAGAUCGUGGAAUACACCAGCAACGAGGAGGUGGCCGUGUGUAACCUGGCCUCCAUCGCCCUCAACAUGUACGUGACCCCCGAGCACACCUACGACUUCAAGAAGCUGGCAGAGGUCACCAAGGUCAUCGUCCGGAACCUCAACAAGAUCAUCGACAUCAACUACUACCCUGUGCCAGAGGCCGAGCGCUCCAACCGGCGGCACCGGCCCAUCGGCAUCGGCGUGCAGGGCCUGGCCGACGCCUUCAUCCUCAUGAGGUUCCCCUUCGAGACCGAGGCCCAGCGCCUGAACCAGCACAUCUUCGAGACCAUCUACUACGGGGCCCUGGAGGCCAGCUGUGAGCUGGCCCAGGAGCAGGGCCCCUACGACACCUACCAGGGCUCCCCGGUCAGCAAGGGGAUCCUUCAGUAUGACAUGUGGAACGUCACCCCCUCUGACCUUUGGGACUGGAAGGCUUUGAAGGAGAAGAUUGCCAAGUACGGUGUGAGGAACAGCCUCCUCCUGUCCCCCAUGCCCACUGCCUCCACUGCCCAGAUCCUGGGCAACAACGAGUCCAUCGAGCCCUACACCAGCAACAUCUACACCCGCAGGGUCCUCUCGGGGGAGUUCCAGGUGGUGAAUCCCCACUUGCUGAAGGACCUCACGGAGAGGGGCCUGUGGAACGAGGAGAUGAAAAACCAGAUCAUUGCCCACAACGGCUCCAUCCAGAACAUCCCUGAGAUCCCGGACGACCUGAAGCAGCUCUACAAGACAGUGUGGGAGAUCUCCCAGAAAACCAUCCUGAAGAUGGCUGCGGACAGAGGGGCCUUCAUCGACCAGAGCCAGUCCCUCAACAUCCACAUCGCAGAGCCCAACUACGGGAAGCUGACCAGCAUGCACUUCUACGGCUGGAAACAGGGCCUGAAGACAGGCAUGUACUACCUGCGGACAAAGCCGGCCGCCAACCCCAUCCAGUUCACCCUGAACAAGGAGAAGCUGCGGGAGCGGGAGAAGAGCUCCCGGGAGGAGGAGGAGAAGGAGAGGAACAAGGCAGCCAUGGUGUUCCUGGAGAACAGGGAGGAGUGUCUCAUGUGUGGCUCCUAAGGGAUCGCCCCGUUCCACACGGCUGGAGCCUGCUGGGAUGGGAGCAUCCCGUGGAGGGAGGGGGCUGGGGCAGGGGCAGGGAGGGGUAGUGUAGCUUCCCCAUCCGUGGGGUUGGGCACAGGCAUGGAUAGGGGGCAAGGGGUGUAGGUAUUGCUUUGGUAGCUGGGCAUCCCAGGAACUUCAGUGCCUUGGCAUGGCCUUGCAUAGAUCCCUGGAGACAGCACCGAGGACAGGGCGGGUGCUGGGGCCACUCCCAGGUCUGUCCCGGGCAAUCCAGACAGGGACUUCCAUUCCACUCGUGUCCCAGAGGAAGGAGCACACCUGGCUGAUCCCUGUUCCCUGGCUGGGGAAGGCACAGCAAGGAGACCCCCUCGUGUGGGUGUGUUCAGUGUCUGCCAGGGCACAGGAGCAGCUGCUGGGACACCUGGAGUGUGCCCACCUCCUGCCAGACCCUCCUCCCACUGCUGCUUCCUCUCCUGGUCCCCUCCUGUGCCCUUUCCAAAGAGCUUUUGGAAGGAGCAGAGGGGUGGUAGGUGUGUUGGUACCUGGAGAGUUGCUCUUCUCCCUCAGCCCAACAGGCCAGAGUGUGGCACUGGCUGAAGGUGCCUCUGCAGUCUGGCCAGGAGUGGCAGAGCUGCUGCCCUGCGUUUUAUCCUGGGUUAAAUUCACUCAUUUGGUCCAAUUUCUCAGGCAGUUUCCUGGCAGUGGGGUCCGUGCUGUCCUUGGCCACAGGUCACGUGCCAUCCUUUGAGGGUCACAUGCAUUUCUGAGGGUCACUUGCCAUUUCUGAGGGUCACUUGCCAUUUCUGAAGGUCACUUGCCAUUUCUGAAGGUCACUUGCCAUUCUUUCUUGCAGAGCUGCAUUUCUCCACCCAGCUAGUUGUUAGGUCUUUCAAAGCUCACAUCCCAUGGCUGCUCCUGUUCCCUCUCCCUGCUCCAACACGAGGGGGCCUCCCAGGCAGUUCUGCAGCAUUUGUUGGAUUCACGACCCACACGACCAACCCUUGAUCCAGCCAAACUCAAUAAAACGUGGAAUGUCGAAGGAA